UCGAGCGCGAAGAAAUCAAAUUGGUUUACACUAGCUCGUGAAAAAGAUAUUGGAUAUUGAACUAAGCUGUGCUCCAGUCAAUGUUUACGUUACGAAAGCAUUUUCUGCACUGCUUCAAUAGCAGUUAUCAUAUACAAAGUCGACAUAGUCGACAAUGUUCUCAAAAAGCAAAAACUGGCAUAAUGUUACUAAAUAUGGGUGGACCGGAAACAACAAAAGAAGUACAAAAUUUCCUAACCCGUCUAUUCUCUGACAAAGAGAUUAUCCGUAUGCCGUUUCAAGAUGUUUUAGCUCGUUUCGUAGCGUGGAGAAGAUCGCCCAAGAUAGAGCAACAGUAUUCUCAAAUCGGCGGUGGGUCUCCAAUUCUCUAUUGGACCAAACUACAAGGUGAAAUGAUGAUAAAACACUUAGAUGCUAUUAGCCCAGAAACAGCCCCUCAUCGAUUCUACGUCGCAUUUCGUUAUGUCCAUCCUCUUGUGGAAUCCUGCGUUAAUGAAAUGGAAAGAGAUGGCGUAGAGCGUGUAGUUGCAUUUAGCCAGUAUCCACAGUACAGCUGCACUACUUCCGGCAGCAGUUUAAAUGCCAUUGUUCGUCAUUACGAGAGUAAGGAAAAAAUAUUCAAUGGAGUGGAGAGUAUUGAGCUUCCGUCUGUACAGAAAAAUAAACCUGGAGCCAUCUGGUCAUUCAUUGACAGAUGGCCAGUUUAUCCCCCGUUGAUUAACACGUUCGCGAAAAAAAUUCUUGAAGAACUUCAAAGCAUUGAAGAUGAGAAAGAGCGUGCGAAUACCGUUCUAAUUUUCAGUGCUCACUCAAUUCCAUUAUCUGUCGUUAAUCGUGGUGAUUCCUAUCCUCAGGAAGUAGGUGCUACCGUCCAUGCGAUCAUGAAACAACUCAAGUUUUCAUGGCCUUAUCGUCUCACGUGGCAAUCUAAAGUUGGUCCAGCUGCUUGGUUAGGUCCAUCAACAAUAGAUACCCUGUAUGGGUUAAGUCGUUUGGGAUAUCGACAUGCACUUUUAAUUCCUGUUGCAUUUACCCUAGAUCAUAUUGAAACCCUCUAUGAAAUGGACAUAGAAUAUUGCACAGAAGUAGCGGCUAAAGCCGGUAUGGUUUCUGUACGCAGAUCAAAAUCAUUGAAUGGUGACCCUACUUUCAGUCAAGUAAGUAAGGUUUAUUAAUGUUCACAUAGUAAAUUGACUGUUGUCAUUUUUCCGAUUUCAUCUUGUUUGAGUGGAUAAUAAGUAACAUAAGUAUCCAACGUGAUGUAGAUGAUAACUUGGCUUAAUGUACAGAAUAUAAUUAUUCACAACUGGGUGGGUUGUGUAAUUUCUAGGAAUUCUGUUCAAGAAAUCAUUUAGUUAUCGUAAUCGAAAUGUUUUGUGUUGUCGCAACAAAAUAAGUUCAUACCUCACCUCACUGGUUCAACUCCAGAAGAAAGAACGUGGACGUUUCCCAUACGUCAGUUAAUACAAAUAGUUAUGUCGUUCAAGCUACCCAGCUAUGGUCAAAAGUGGGGUAGGGUCUUCCCUCCCUCUCAAAAUGCCCUUAUAUGGCAACGCAUAUAUAGCCACUGGCAAGGAAGUUCUACUCGCUACCCUCUAAUGGCAGGGAUGGUGUUCAAAAAAUCGAGAAGACAAAAAGUCAGUGCCUGUCCCUUCAACCGGGUUUGUGGGUACAAUGAAUCCACCUAAGGAUGUUAGAAAACGCUGGUUCCAAACCGAUUGUGCACAUGAGCUCCAGGGCUCAGAAGGAAC